UUUUAACUUUGUUUUCAGCGCUUUACAAUAUUGGAGACAUGGUUCAUGCAGCACGAGGCAAAUGGGGUAUUAAAGCGAAUUGUCCAUGUAUUAACCGGCAGAACAAAUCGGUGUUAAGACCGGCUGUCACUAAUGGAAUAUCACAGCUUCCAACUGUAAAUCCUAGUGCAUCAGUCUCUGGAAGCGAGAGCACCUUUUCCACUGGAACAGGGACUGCAGGAGUGGGGCAACUAGAAAUAGACAAUGUUCCAAAAUCUGAAGCAACUGACAGUAGAAUAGAAGAAUCUGCAAAAACAGAGACAUUACCAACAAAUAACACUGGUGAAAUAAAGACUAACAGACCACUUUGUCCAGAAACAACUCCAUCGUCAGCCUUACACUGGCUUGCAGAUUUAGCAACGCAAAAAGCAAAAGAAGAAACAAAAGAAUCAGGAUCACUGAGGUCAGUGCUUAAUAAAGAAUCCCAUUCACCCUUUGGAUUGGAUUCCUUCAACUCCAGUACAAAGGUUUCCCCACUAACCCCAAAGCUUUUUAAUAGCCUCUUGUUGGGCCCAGUGACAUCUAGCAACAAAGCUGAAGGCUCCAGCCUCAGAGAUCUGCUACACACAGGACCAGGAAAGCUUCCUCAGGUCCCAUUAGACACAGGAAUCCCCUUUCCUCCGGUCUUUUCUGCAGCUUCUACGGGGGCCAAAGGUAAAGCCAGCUUGCCUAACUUCUUAGACCAUAUCAUUGCUUCUGUGGUGGAAAAUAAGAAGACGUCUGAUGCUGCAAAACGAGCUAGUAAUUUAGCUGACACACAGAGAGAGGUGAAGGAAAUGGUAAUGGGUUUAAAUGUGCUGGAUCCGCAUACUUCCCACUCUUGGCUGUGUGAUGGUAGACUGCUUUGCCUUCAUGAUCCUAGCAACAAAAACAACUGGAAGAUCUUCAGGGAGUGCUGGAAACAAGGCCAGCCCGUGCUGGUAUCUGGUGUCCAUAAGAAGUUGAAGUCAGAGCUUUGGAAACCAGAAGCUUUCAGCCUGGAAUUUGGAGAUCAAGAUGUAGAUUUGGUGAACUGCAGGAACUGUGCCAUAAUUUCAGACGUGAAAGUGCGUGACUUCUGGGAUGGCUUUGAGAUAAUAUCUAAACGACUCAGAUCAGAUGAUGGUCAGCCAAUGGUACUAAAGUUAAAGGAUUGGCCUCCAGGGGAGGACUUUAGAGAUAUGAUGCCUACAAGGUUUGAGGACUUGAUGGAAAAUCUUCCUCUUCCUGAAUAUACCAAGAGGGAUGGCAGGCUGAAUUUGGCUUCUAGACUACCAAGCUACUUUGUCCGUCCUGACUUGGGUCCCAAAAUGUACAAUGCCUAUGGCUUAAUUACUGCAGAAGACAGACGAGUUGGUACCACAAACCUGCACUUGGAUGUUUCUGAUGCUGUUAAUGUCAUGGUGUAUGUUGGGAUUCCCAUUGGGGAAGGGACCCAUGAUGAUGAGGUUCUGAAAACAAUUGACGAGGGAGAUGCUGAUGAUGUAACAAAGCAGCGAAUCCACGAAGGAAGAGAGAAGCCUGGAGCAUUGUGGCACAUCUAUGCUGCCAAGGAUGCUGAAAAGAUACGGGAACUUCUUCGGAAGGUUGGAGAAGAACAAGGCCAAGAGAAUCCCCCAGAUCAUGACCCCAUUCAUGACCAAAGUUGGUACUUGGACCAGACCUUACGUAAGCGACUCUAUGAUGAGUAUGGUGUACAAGGCUGGGCCAUAGUGCAGUUCCUUGGAGAUGCUGUGUUCAUUCCUGCAGGUGCUCCCCAUCAGGUCCAUAAUUUGUACAGCUGCAUUAAAGUGGCAGAGGAUUUUGUAUCUCCAGAACAUGUGAAGCACUGCUUCCGACUGACCCAGGAGUUCAGGCACCUGUCUAAUACUCAUACAAACCAUGAGGAUAAACUGCAGGUGAAGAACAUUAUCUACCAUGCAGUGAAAGAUGCUGUUGGCACACUGAAAGCUCAUGAAUCCAAACUAGCUAGAUCGUAGGAACUGCUAAUUCCAAAUGCCCUGUGAAGUAAGCCUUCUGCUCACAGUAUAUACAGGGACUGCACAUGACUGCCUCUGCAGGAGCAGAGGCUUCUCACUAAGAUCUGGUGUGGUCAGUACUGCACACACUCUUCAGCCACUGUUUUCUACGCUGCCUCAACACUGACGGUCUAAUGGAAGGUCGCACUGUUACAAGCAGAAUUCCAGAUUCUAACGAAAGGUGCCAUGUCCCUUUCCUGUGGCCUUUUUGCAAAGUGGAAGAACAUGGAAACCACUUGGUGUUCCUGCAUAUUAUGAUUAGAAAUGGUAUAAAGAGUGUGGAUGUUUUUUUUCCUCAUGCCUAGUUAGUCUCAACAAAGUUAGAAGGGAUGUGCUGGAGGUGGGUUGUCCUACUGCAGACCUAGUUGAUAGCUGCUGAAAGAUGGUGACCAACAGUAGCCCAGCUGCAGAAAUUUAAGCAAACUUCCCAUGUGAGAUACAGGCCAAGGAAAAGAAUAAAGCUAUUCUCUGCACUCCCCUUCUUGUAGCCGUUUCUCUAUACACUGUAGAGUUUCAGAAAUAAAGGGAGAACCCACUUUUUUUCCCCAGGAGACUCCAGAAAUAGGAGAAUUGUGUAUUUAGUGAAAAACUAGGUUUGUAGUGAAACAGUUAAUAUUUCAUGAAAGUAGAUAUUUUUAGUAUUUUUGAAGUACCACAACUGUUCCUGGAUUUUCAAGGAAAGGCGCGUUACGUUUAGUCUUCCUUUCAAUAAAAUCAAGGAGUGAUUUCUAGAAAGCAGUCCAAAAUAGCACAAAAACAGCCAAAGGAGAGUGAAUAGAAAUUGACACCCCACCUCCCUUGCCCGUAUUCCUCAUUCAUCUUCCUCCCUCUCCCUACGCCACCCUGCUUCCUCAGAAUGAGAAGUAAAAAGGAGUAUAAACUCUGUUCUCAUGUGGAGAUGUUGUACAUCUCUUCCUGCACUGGUGACUGCAGGCAAUAGUUCACCCACUACCAGUGCUAGCUAAAAACAUCUAUCCUUUCCAAAGUGAAGGAAAAGUUAACUUUCAGUGUCAACUUUGUCCAGAACUAUUUUAAGUAAAAUGUUCCUGCUUGAUAGAACUGUAUUCAGAAUUUACUAAUGUCAGCAUUGAUGCAAUGGAUUUCAUUUUCUGGGUACAUGGGGAAAUGUAUCUACCUUAUCUCCAGCUGUACUGUAGUGCCACUCGCAGGCCUGUUAAUAUGUUCACGGUUAUUUCAUUUUUUUUAAAAAUAAAAGUCAUUUACUGUAAGA